CCGCGCCCAGCCAGAGAGGAAAACACAGACAGUGAGGAGGCAUAGCACAGGGUAGCCACGGGCAAGGAGCAUCCCAGCCCUCAUCUCUGGGACCAAAUGUAAGAGGGGCAACCGUGGGGCCCCUGUGGGCAGACACACCUUGGCCCUGCCAAUUCUGCUCUCUUUUGGCCCUGUCUUGAUCAAGAGCCUACAGUGGCUUUCAGGACCACCAUGUACAGUUGUACAGAUUGUUCACUGCAUAAGAGCACCUGGCCCAGUGAGGGCUAAAAUCCAGCCCAAGCUCUGCUGGCCAAGCUAUGUGCCCUGGUGCACGGCUGCAUCUAAAGUGGAGGAAGAGAGACCCAGGAAUCCAAGAUGGCAUCAGUCAUACCACUGAAGGAAGAGAAGCUCCUGGAUGUCAAAAUAGGGGAGCUGCCAAGCUGGAUACUGAUGCAGGAUCUCACCCCUAAAGGCAUUGCUGGAGCAUUUCAAAGAGGUUACUACCAGUAUUACAAUAAGUAUGUCAGUGUAAAGAAAGGGAGCUUCGCUGGGCUUUCUAUGGUGCUGGCAGCUUACAUGCUUUUCAACUACCGCUGUUCUUACAAGGAGUUCAAACACAAGCGGCCACGCAAGUACCAUUGAAGAGGUCCCGGUGUGAAGGGCACACUCUGCAUUCAGUGUGAAGGGCACACUCUGCAUUCCUGACCUUUGCCCAGCAGCCCUGAAUCCUUUCAUAUCCUAAUUGAGAAUUAACACCCAAUAAAAGAUGACUGGUAAAAAACAGAGGAAGAGCAUCUUUGUAUUCUUCCAAAAAGGGGUGACUUUUUCUCACUGGUAUCCUCAGAGGAGACACUUUUUUUUCUAAUUGGCAUCACAGAGGCUAGCCACGGCCAUAAUGCUCCUGCUGGCCACCAGAUUAUACAUCAAGCCCAAAAUCCUUUACAAAAGGUCUCCCCUGUACCACUGCCUAAGUCCUCCCGAGAAACCCACCAACUUGCUGGCCUAUGAAACCUGGCCUGGUCUGACUCCUGCUUUGUUCAUGCAGCUUCCUCCCCCAGUACACAUUCCUUCUCCUCGGACUAAUACAUGGCAGUGUACACUAUCUCUAUGUACACAGUAUGUGCUUUUAACUGCAUUUCUUCUCCAGCUCCUCCUCCCUGAAGCCUCCCUCUCCUGGCAAACCUGAGCUAGUCACGGUCUGGAUGUGUGCGCCCUGGGCUUGCACAACAGACCUUGGCUUUGUCAAGGAUCUGGCCCACAGCCUCAGAGAACCUAAGUGUCACUGUUUUCCCCAUGAAACAAGCACGAGGGAACAGGUGGAUCCUCUAAGCUGCUUCACACUUUCAUUAUCAGCAAUUGCUGUUGGCUUUCUUUGCAAGUUGUUUUUAUCUCCAUAAAGAAACAGUUUCUUUUCUUUUUAAUCAUGGACUAAAAGUUACUAUGUACACGAUGCUAGGCAGCCCCCUGCUACUUGGUUAGAACCUAGGCGGGUGCUUCUCAUGCCAUCUCAUGGUGCCUAGGAUUCAGACCUAUGUCUGGCAAGAUUCCCGAUCACUUCACGUCAUGACAAUAACUGACGUUUACCGAGCACAGCUACUAUUGUUCCCAGCACUUUACAUGUACCAACUCCUCUGACCUUUAAAGCAAUGCUAAGAAGUCGGUACUAAUAUUAUUCCCAGUUUACAGAUGAUGAAACCAAAGCACAGAGAGGUUAAGCAACUUAUCCAAGGUCACACAGAUGAACCCAGGUGGCCUGACUCCACAGCCCACUUGGCCACCACCAAUAUACCCUUAGCCCAGAAGACUGUCUCCAAAUGGUCAACUCUGUGACAGCUGAAAGUCACAUGGGACUUAAUCUUAAUGUAAUAUUUAGCUGUGUUUUCAAUAGGGAGGCAUUGUACUUGCUACUAACUGCUGUACGUAGCUGUAAAAAGAAAAUGAAAACUGCAUUUUUUUUCAACAGAGAGUAAAAUGAAAACAACCAAAAAACCUUGCAUGUCAGCGGGUUGCUCUUUGCGACACAUAAAGACAUGCCUUGUUCUCACAACCAUAGGAAGGAACCCCCUUUAAGGAGAUAUUAGACAUCAGAGUUCUACUACGGAAUAAAGUUAGAGGAGUGCCACCCUUGCAAAAUGACAAAGGCCAGAGGUUUUUAAAAUCCUGAGCUUGCCGACAGCUCGUUUGUAAAAUGUUAACGUACAGCCAAGCCUUCUCGGGAUACCUGGCCAGGAGCAGGUAUGAUGCUAGACCCAGAAUUAAGAGGCUCUGCUACCCUCCCUGGGCCUCGCUUAAAGAUCCCUGGGCCCCUUCCAGCUCUGACAAACAGAUUCCUACGAACAUGUCUUUUGGGUGAAGCAGGACACGCUGGGACAGUGCCCUCCUCCUGUGCCUGGGAUGGCUUUCUGUUUAUAACUACAGUAAUAAUAAUAGCAACAGCAGCGGCACAUUCUUAUACAAAUACACUCUGUUCUACAUAUCGGCUAUUGAAUGGUUGAGGAACAGAGGCUGGAGAUGAGGCGUCCCCUCCCCGCAGGUAUAGGAGCAAGGUAUUUGAACCCGGGGGCUGAUCAGCCAGUAUUCCUCCUGUGGCCCCAGGCUCCAGGGAACUGGGCCCUUGUCUGUCCAGUUCCUCGCCGGAUCCCUAGUGCCGAGAACAUAGUAGUAGCUCAAUGAUUUGCUAAGUGAAUAAAUGCUGUACAACAUGAGCUGGCCCAGGGAGAGUGGUUAAUAAAGGCCUGAACAACGAGGGAGCGUUUCUACUUCCGCACUGGGUGGGUGGACCCAGAACCUUCCUUUGAGAUAGUGAGGAUCUCGGGGGUGGGUGCAAGGCCCAAACCCCAUCCAGAGAGGGAGGUUUGGGGGGCUGAGGGCCAGAGCUGGCCUCGGUUCUCCAGGUCCCUGCCUAGAGCCUGCCUCUCUCCCGCCACCCAGUCGUCUCCCAAAUCACCAGUUUCCUCCGUCCCUACCACCACUACCCUCACCAUUGCCGCUGCCCAGGCCACCGCUGCUGACCUAGGUCCCUGCCUUGGCCUGGUCCUCUCUAUCCACUGCCUCGGGUGUUCCGGAGACAAGAUGCCUUGACAGCUGCCACGCGCCACUCCCUGAUCUAUUCCCUUCCAUGGCCCCCAGCUGCCCCCAGGGAAACCUGUCCCUCCGGCCUCCAGCUCAAUCUCUCACAGCCCUCAGCUUCUCCGACCCCUCCCUCCACACACCACACUGCUAACGGAAGGCUCUUUCCUGCCCAGUGGGUUGAAUCCUGGAUCCACCACCUACCCGCGGAGUGACCUUAGGAAGUUACUUAACUUCCCUGUGCCUCGGUUUUCUCACCUGUAAAAUGGAGAUAAUUACUGUACCUACUUCAUAAGGUUGCUAUGAGGACUAAAUAAAUUAAUACAAAGUCAGCUCUGAAUGGGCUUACAAUUACUAUUUGUAUAGUCAACUUCCUCAGCCUGGAAGAAUCCUCUCCCUUUUUCCUGCCUGGCUAAAUCCUCUUCCUUCUUAAAAAUACAUCUUGAGUGUCAUCUCCUCCAGGAAGCCUUCCUAGCCCUCCCUCCUCCCUUCCCCUCCCUGGUCCGGGUUCAAUGCUUGUCUGACAGUACAUGCUCUGAUCUCAGCCAUGCUGCCCUGCUCUGCCCUCACCUGUCCAACUGUCUGUCUCCCUGACUGGUCAGUGAGCCACUCAGGGCAGUGACAUGCAGCUGCCACAGUUGCCCACUGGGGCGUAUCUGUGGUCGCUGGAUGAAAGGUCUGGGAGGGGGGUCAGAAAGGACAGUGGGGACUUCCCUGGCGGUGCAGUGGUUAAGACUCCUCACUCCCAAUGCAGGUGGCAUGGGUUCGAUCCCCGGUCAGGGAACUAGGGAAGUGCGCUGGGCAAGGGGGUGGCUCUGAGGAGGUGGGCAGGGCAAUGGGAUAGCUCGGCCUGGAAGGGGCUGACAGAGGCAGGGGAGAGAGUGUGUGUGGGCAGAGGGGCCGCAGCGUACAUCAUCUUUUACCUGUUUUCUUGUCCGAGUCUUUCCCGUCCUCAAUUUAAUAUACCGUGCGAUCAACUCAUUUCGGCCUAGAUUGGGGUGACAGGAAAAAAUGGGGAGUGGUCAAAGGGGAC